UCGGCUGGAGCGGCGCGCAGGGAGAGCAGCCGGCAGCAUCAGCGCCUGGACACUGCGGCUCCUCACGUCACAUUAUCUAGGUGCAUCAAUGAGGAGUCCAGGGAUGGCUGUAUUCAAACAACAGAAGGUGGAAGACGUUUAUGAAAUUGGGGAAGAGCUAGGAAGUGGCCAGUUUGCGAUAGUGAAGAAAUGCCGAGAGAAAAGCACUGGAGUGGAAUAUGCUGCUAAAUUCAUUAAGAAGCGUCAGAGCCGGGCCAGCCGCCGGGGGGUGAGACGUGAGGAAAUCGAGCGGGAGGUGAACAUUCUGCAGCAGAUCUUGCAUGCCAACAUCAUCAAGCUGCACGACGUCUACGAGAACAGGACAGAUGUGGUCCUUAUCCUCGAGCUAGUGUCCGGAGGAGAACUUUUUGACUUCCUGGCACAGAAAGAGUCUCUGAGUGAGGAGGAAGCAACCAGAUUCAUUAAGGAGAUUUUAGAUGGUGUUAACUACCUCCAUGCCAAGAAAAUUGCUCAUUUUGAUUUAAAGCCUGAAAACAUUAUGCUUCUAGACAAGAAUAUUCCCAUUCCACACAUAAAAGUCAUUGACUUCGGCCUAGCUCAUAAAAUAGAAGAUGGAGUUGAAUUUAAGAAUAUUUUUGGAACACCAGAGUUUGUAGCUCCAGAAAUAGUGAACUACGAACCACUUGGGCUAGCUGCAGAUAUGUGGAGCAUAGGAGUCAUCACCUACAUACUGCUCAGCGGCGCAUCCCCUUUCCUUGGAGAAACAAAGCAGGAAACUCUCGCCAACAUCACAGCCGUGAAUUACGAAUUUGAUGAGGAAUUUUUCAGUCACACCAGUGAUCUGGCAAAAGACUUUAUCCGGAAACUCCUGGUGAAAGACACGCGGAAACGGCUCACAAUUCAAGAAGCUCUCACUCAUCCUUGGAUAACGACUCACCAGUUGAUAGAAGAAACAAAAGUCCAAGAAAACAAGAAGGCUGAGAACAGUCAGCUGAAGACAAAACGUCUGAAAGAGUACACCAUCAAGUGCCAUUCAAGUAUGCCACCAAAUAACACCUACAUCAACUUUGAGCGCUUUGCCCGGGUGGUAGAAGACAUUUCUCUGACGGAACGUGGUUUCAGCACUCUGGCUAUGUCCCACGACUCCCUGCAGGAGGACAUCGAUGCUCUGGUUUCCAUAUAUAAUGAAAAAGAAGCUUGGUACAAAGAAGAAAAUGAAAAUGUGAGACACAAGCUUUCACAGCUGAAGUAUGAGCACCGUAAAAUUGAAUCCCUGAAGAAACAUCUGCAGGAUGACAUCAAGACUGUAGGUUCUAGUCUUGCAAGUGUCACUGGGAAAUACAUUGAUCUAAAGUCUCAGUAUGAAUCUCUGAGUCAGGAACUUUCUGAGGAACUCAGGUGGAUCCAGGAUUUAAUGAGUAGUUUUCAGCUGGAGAAUGGAAAUGAUGCAUGUGUGAAUGGAAACUUUAGCUCUGUUUUCAACAAAGAUAUUAAUGAAUCAGUAAUGGAGCUGUUAAAUAGAUCUUGCUGUGAAGAAUUCCUUGCGGGCUUGAAUCUUGAUGUUGCAGAAUCAAGUCAGUAAUAUUGGUUAAUAGGCAAAAAUCUGCAUUAGAACCCCUAUCUUGCUGUCUGUCUGUCUCAAUGUGCAGCUGUAAGAAAUCAUCUCGGUUUGUAACUUCAGCACAAAACCACCACCUAUGCAUUAAAACAGAAAUAUGGAAAUGUUGCACAAACUAUUGACCAAAAGCCUAUACUCUGCAGUGGUUUUUGUGCUGACGUUGUGACCAGCUCAGUUCCUGAACCCUUAGAAUUAGAAAUCACUUUGUUUUAGGGCAUGUGCAACCCUGCAAUUAGUGCAGAAUAACAUUAUAAUAAUAUGUAGACAUAUAGGUCCUGAAAAUUAUUCCCAUGAAAUGAAAUAGUAUUUCACUCCUUAUUUACCAGCUUACACAUGCUUUGAAGACUAUAAAAUCACCUGGUAGCAUUCUUGUUUGGAUGGGGGAAAUAGUCUUGCAGACUUGCUGGGGAUAAUUCUGCACAGCAGAUAAUUAAAAACACUUAUGAAGGUUAUUGCAGCCCUUUAAAAUGGAGUGAACGAUGCAGUGAUUUAUCAUUUCACACCAUGAAAAUCACAGCUAAUGAAGGAAAGUUAAGGUUAUUUUAUAGGCUAGUUAUUCAGGAUACAGUCUCUCUUUCACUGUCAUCACAUGUUAAAACAAAGGUCCCCAAACUGUGGGGCAUGCCCCCUCUAUGGGGGUGCAGAGGAAUG